ACCUGCCUGUGUUUGGUCCAUAUCCCUCUAAACCUGUCCUAUCCAUGAACCUGUCUACCUACCUGAGUACGGUAUUUACUGACCUGCUAUAUUUCUGUAAGUAAGAAUUUCAUUGUUCCUUUUCCGUUACAUAUGACAAUUAAACACUCAAGUCUCCUGACUCUUGGGGUGUGAUUUUUAUUUAACUUAUAUAAGACAGGCCAAUAAAUAUGCGGGGCGACUGGAGGCAAAUUGACGCCAACUUUGAACAAAAUAUUUCCAAUUUUGCCGCCUAUUUGUCGACUUCCAUUUCUUUAACAUUAGAGAAAUUUGAUGUGAACGGUUCUAUUACAAUUUCAAUGACUAUGAAGGUGUUGUAUAAUGAACACGCUGCACUUGGUCCAAAUAGAUUGUCAGGAAGAUUUCAUCUGGCUAUACCAUGAUAUAUUAGCAUCUGUCCUUUAGCAGCCUAGUUAUAAGAACUCUUCAUUGCUUUGGUAAGGUAUUUAUUAUUUCCCUGUUUCUUUGUUCUCUCUCUCUCUCUCCACUAUCUCACAGUGGAAAUCCAUCCUUUGAUAUCUGAGACAGGUACAGUUCUACAAACUGCUGGCCAUCGUUCAGCUUUCCUUUGCACACAGAGGUCCUGGCACGGCACAUCACAGUGCCUUUUUAAAAAAAAAAUCUCUUCAGGUGCAUUGCCUGUUAUCCUUUGAUCUGCUCAUUAGCUCUAACCAGGAAUGAGCAGAUGUGACCCAGGUGACUGCGUCGUUGGAUCGGACAGAAUACUGGAACCGAGAGAAAGAGGUCCAAGAGAGAAGAAAGGAAACAGAAGAUAAUAGACUGCAAGCAAGCAAGCAAGGCCGACUGAGACACUAAGCAGGGCGAAAGAAGCAGAUAGUCCGACAGGCAAAAGAAGUCGUGUGUUUAGAGGCAGAGUGAGACACGUCAAUAAGAAAAGACGCGGAAAGAGAGACAAAGGAAAACCAUGGAGUGACAGAGACGGAAACAUUGAAUGAAAGCAGCAGACGGAAGAGAGAGUGAGAGAGACAGGGACAGAGACUGGUCGUAAGAGACAAGAGGAGGAAUUGGAAAGACAAUGGGCAGCACUGGUGUGGAGUUUCUAGGCUUCCUCAUUGGGAUAAUUGGAUGGAUUUGUGCCUGUGCGGUUACGGGAAUGCCUCAGUGGAAGAUCACACCGUUCAUCGGGAGCACCAUCCUGAACACAGAGGUAACGUGGGAAGGCAUUUGGAUGACCUGUGUCUACCAGCAGACGUCGGGCAGGUUGGUGUGCGAUUCCUACGACUCUGUGCUUGACCUGACCGGCGACAUGCAGUUGGCGAGAGCCUUCAUGUGCCUGGCCAUCUCCUCCGGGCUUGUCGCCAUCAUGGUGGCCACGGUGGGAAUGAAGUGCACCUACGGCGCUGGGAACGACCGCAGAGCAAAGGGUUACAUAGUCACGGUUGGGGGCUCCUUUUUCAUCCUGGCCGGGCUGUGCGUUCUGGUCCCCGUGUCCUGGGUCGCACACAACAUCAUCAGGGACUUUUACAACCCACUGCUGCCGGAGAACCUGAAGUGGGAGCUGGGAGAUGCGCUGUACGUGGGCUGGUCAGCAAGCUGUUUCCUCGGCAUCGGAGGAGCCUUCCUCUGUUGCUCUUUGCCAACGGACAACGAUGGCAGGCAAGGCCCCCGCAACUGUUACACUUCCAAUCACCCUUCACUGCACACUCAGAAUGUUACAUCUGACUACCCACUGAAGGAAUACGUCUGAGUUCUCUCCCUCCCCCCCGAGCUUUCCUAGUUUGUAUUGAAGGUUUUUGCAAUUGUUUUUGCUACUCUAUCACGCUUGAAGACUGCAACAAUCAUGUUCAGGAAUAGCUACUUCCCCACAGCCAAUUAAACUUGGCUCGGACAAAACUCUGAAAAUUAAUAGCCCAUUAUCUGUUAUCUGCACUUUUAUCAGUUUAUUUAUUCAUGUGUGUAUUUACGUAUAUAUUGGUAUAUGGACACGCUGAUCUGUUUUGUAGGCAAUGCCUACUAUGUUCUGUUGUGCUGAAGCAAAGCAAGAAUUUCAUUGUCCUAUCAGGGACACGUGACAAUAAACUCUCUUGACUUGUCUUGUCUUGUCUAAACUGUGCUAUGGAUCAGACUGUAUAAUGAUAAUGCUGCUGUCAAUAAACUAGCAUCUCUAUCGGUGACAGAGUGGUGUACCUUUUAUACCUAUAACUAUGUAUAGGACUCGCCCGGUUUCCAUCUUGGCUACGAUAUUAAUUUGUUCAUUAGCAUUGACCUCAGCCUGGGAUGGAUAGUGAAAAUGGGAAUGUCACAACCACCCUGAAUUUAAUGAAGGCAAUAGGACUCUAGAUGGAAUCGUUGAGUGAGAGUAGAUUCAGUGGUGGUCUUUUCUGUGUUUAAUUUAGUUUAGCUCAGAGAUACAGCGUGGAAACAGGUCCUUCGGCCCAUCAAUUGACCCAUGGUGUUACUCCAGCAUUUUGUGUCUGACUCGUGGUAAGGAA